AUCGGAGUGGAUCGGAAAGAAAAGAUAUUCUUUCAAUUUUUCUCUUUCUUUUCUCUUUCUUUUAUCCAAAGUUUAGAUUCUAAGUACAAAGUAUCCGAUAAAUGAGUUACUCUCAACCGAUGUUUUCAUUUUCAUUUUCACUUGAGAUCUUCAACCGAUUAGUUAAACAUGAAUUCUAAUUUUUGUUAACAAUUAAUCUAAUCAAUUUAAUUUAAUGUUCCACUUGUUCCCAGUGAGAAUCAUGUAAUUUACUUAAAAGGGUUAUAAAUAUAUACAAAUAUUUAUUUUUUUUCUUCUCUAAUUAAAGGACACAUUUAAUAGAGAAAAAAAUCUUUUCUUUUUUUUCUGUGAUUUUGUUUCUUUAUUUUCUAUUCUAUUCUAUUCUUUUUUUUCUCUCUCUCUCACUUAUUUUGUGCUUCUACGGUGAUUUUAUCUUAUCUCACCUUUGCUUCCAUUUAAAACACAAAAUAUACAUCACAAUUAGAGUCAACAAUUAAUUCUCUCACAAUGGAUAUUGAUCAUCAUCAACAAUCUUCAUCUUUCUCGCCCAUUGUAUAUAUUGCAACUUCUUUUGGUGCCAAUGUAGUUGCUGUUAAGAUCCUCUUUUCACUUUUAUCUGGUUAUCCACUGGCCAUUAUUUAUAAUUGUUUAAUCGUCAAUCGAAGUGAAGUGAUAAAAAAAUUGUUCUUCUCAGGAACUGGUCUGGCCUUGGGACUUUUCAAUUAUGGGUUAUUUAUUAGCUGGUUAUUUUAUUACACAAAUCAAAUCAAAUGAAUAUAGCUUCGAAUGGACUAUUCCACAGUGUGUUUUAACCCUCCUGCAAUUCAAUAUGAUUCUUUGAUUAGAAUUGAAAAUGAUUAAUAAGUAAUAUUAAACAUCUUGGUAAAGAGAUCCACUGUUUCAUAUGGUUAAAGUUUAUCAACAGAAACUGCGGAAAGUCAAACUGUUCCAUUGACAGUCUUGGGUUCAUCAAGGUUACUUUAAUCAUUUUGAUUAAGUUCGUUCUUUGUUGAACUUUUCUUCUUUGGAUCUUUUCAUUUGGAAUCAACCAUUUUCAUGAUGGUUCCUGACACAGCCUCAUUGCGUUCGUACGUGCCCUCUUCUAGACCCGACAAACCAAUUUCGUGCCUUGUAUGUUCAGACAAAUCUUUUGGAAAUAAUUUUGGUGCCAUAACCUGUGAAUCUUGUAAGGCCUUUUUCAGGAGAACGGCAAAUGAACGUGAUAAGCUGGCUUGUCCAUUCAACGAUAACUGUGAAAUUACAAUCGCAACUCGCAAACAUUGUCGCAAAUGUAGACUAGAGAAAUGUUUUGCUGUUGGAAUGAUAAAAGAAUGGAUUCAAUCUGAAGAGCAGUUGAAAAUUCGACGAGCGAUUUUAAAAGAACGUAAACUUCGGCGAGAAAUGGGUACAAGUGGACAAUCGACUAAAAGGUUCAAAACAAACCCACCGAUUGGAACAGGAGGUGGAAGUGGUGCUAUAAACAGUGUCGGAGGAAGUUCAAUUAGUGGAAAUAGUAAUAGUAGUUCCAACGCUGGAACUAAUCAUGAAAGGCGAAGCUCAAAUUGGCCAAGCACUAAUGUUAAUGGACAGAGUUUAGAUGGAUCAAGGGUCAAUAGGCAAUGGCAAUCAACUACUUCAACUCCAAUAAACAUAAAUACAAAUGAUAAACCGAUUGAUAAUAAUAAUAGGCAAUCAGUAGCUCAAUUUUUUCACAAGAUUUCUGAUCAGAACUUUUUUGCUCAUCUUGUGAAGGCAAAUGAAACUCCUACAAGAAGUUCGAUCUCACGUAAUUCAGCUCAAUCAAGUCCAUUACAAAGAUCAUCUGUUAUCACUUUUACAGGUAAAUCAUCAGCUUCUUCAUCUCCUUCUCUCUCAAUUACUUCAUCUCCAGAGCGAUCAAGUCAAGAUGUUUGUGCUUUAGACAGCAAAGGUGCUAAUGAUGUAUCAAUGAAAGUAAAUUCGUUGACUAUCAACAGUUAUGAUCCAGAUUGUUUGCCAGUUUACCAGAAUUUAGUCAAGAAGCAACAACCAAAACCAUUGUGUUCACAUGUAACAUUAUCUUCAUCUUCAUCAGCCUCAUCAUCAACAACUACCAAACCAAUAUCACCAUUCUCAGUCAACACACCAGAAAUAGAACCAAUUAAAAAAUCAACAGAAUCACCACUUUUAUCAUCAUCAUCGUCGUCAAUUCAAAAUCAAAUGAAAACACCUGAACCAAGUCUAUGUAAACAAAUGAAAUACUGGGUAACUGAAGAGAUUGAUAAAAAAAUUGAUAACUUUGUAAAACCAACUAGACUAACCUUACCAUCUACAUCCACCUCAUCAUCAUUAUCAUCUUCACAAUCGGAAUCAUCUAAAGCAGUUAGUUUGAAUGUUUUCCAUCAUAUAAUUGACUCUUAUUUCACUCGAAUCAACAUGAGAAACGAAAAGCACAUGGCAACAUUAGCGCUGAACUCAAUGGAAGAGACUCGACUAAUAGAACUUACCUUGGCCUAUGGAGUUUUUAACGAACCUUUGGCUUGCCCAAUUACUACUGCAGAAAGUUUGAUUGAUGAUUGUUACAAUGUUUCGGUCGGUUAUUUACUCUCCAUGACCAAGAAGUUAACCGCAUACGCUGAGCUUCCCGUCGAAGAUCAAAUGAAAUUAAUUCGAGGUACUUAUGCCGAUAUAGUGGCGAUGAGAGGCAUCUUCUUAUUUGAUGUAGAAAAUUUACUUUGGCCGAUAAAAGGAACCAAAAUGACAAUUAAAUACGAAGACAUAGAGCGAUUUGACAAAUCGUUUUACGAGGAUUAUCUUGAGUUUGCGACAACUCUUGAUCCAAUUUGGAGAAACAAUUUAAUCAUCAACCAACUCAUUAUUGUUAUAAUGCUGUUCAAUAGUAACCUACCAAAUCUCAAGUCACCGGAGGCAAUAAGAUUGGAGUACUGUGCUUACAUAUAUUUACUUCAACGUUAUUUGGAAUCAAGUCUUAAUUUUAGUGAUCAACCAAAGGAAACUCUUUGCCAUAUUCUUGGUAAAAUUAACCGAAUGCAGUCAAUCAAUGGCAAUUUAGUUCGACUAUCAAUCAAGGAUCAACCUCUAGCUGAUAUUAAAAUUGUCAGUUCAUCUUCACUUCUUACUCCAGAUUGAAAAAUUAAAAUGCUGAUCAGAUCAGAUUAGCGCCAUUUUCUAUUGAUUUAAUUGUUAAUCGGAUAAAUUAUAGAUAGAUCAUUUGUUUCAUUCCAAAUAAUCUAUUCAAUAUUUUAUAUAAUUACGUUGAAAUAAAUAAUGCUUAAAUCGAUAACAAAUUAGACUGUUUAUGAAAUG